UGUCUCUCCUUGUCUAUGGACUCCUCCCAGGCUUUGCUGGCACCUUCUGUCCCUUCAUCUUUUGCCCCUACACCCUCUUGUCAUCCACUGGGAGUCAUGCAUUUUCUUCGUCUGGGACUCCUGGCUUUUAGCUGUCUUUUUUGGGCAGCUGGUUUAGCAAUUUUUACAUUAGGUGUUUGGGCUCAGAUUUCGCUGUCUGACUUCAUGCUGCUGUCUGCUAAUCGCUACCCUAAUGCCCCUUUAAUACUUUUGUCCAUAGGGGCUGUUGUUACUGCGUGGGGUUUUCUUGGUUGUCUUGGAGUGGCUGCAAACUUGCCCUAUCUUCUUAGGGCCUAUGGAUUUUUUCAACUUGCUGCGCUUAUUACAGGAUUGACAGGUGGACUCUCUGGCCUUUUCUAUCGUGAAGACAUUGCUGGAGGAUUUCGGAGUGGCUUACAGCUAGCAGUGGCCGGUUACACAGAGGAUGAAGGUCGAGCAGACGCUUUGGAUAGCCUGCAGAGAGCCUUGGAAUGUUGUGGAGCCGAGAGUUGGCGUGACUGGUUGUCCUCAGACUGGGCUAUUCAACAUGUUGCCUUUCCAUCUAUUGAAAACGGCACCUCUGUUUCCCUUCCAGAUAGCUGUUGCAUAAAGCGUAAAGGCUGCAGGAACCGUCCUCUGCCGUCAGGUGACACUGAAGGAGUAGUUUCUGCUGGAAUCCACCCUCAUGGCUGUUUCCGUAAAGUCUUCAGUUUAGUCAAUGAUAAUGUGUUCCAUAUUGCAGCUUCUGUUUUAGGACUGGCCCUUACCCAGAUAGGAGGCAUUGCUUUAGCUUGCAUGCUGGCAAAUAGAAUUAAACCACAGCAACAUGAGCGAGUAAUAGGACACUGACACAUUCAAAGCAACAGAUUACCAAUUCUGUAGAUAAUAUUGCCAGUAUCGUCAUGUUGGCUAUGUGAUUC